GGUAAGACCCUCAAGUGAUCAGGUGAAGACGUAACAUGGCGACCUUCCUGGCCGCUCAGAAUGCCCACACGGUGUUGAAACGCUUCCCUCGAGCCAACGGCUUUCUGGAGGAGAUCCGUCAGGGCACCAUUGAGCAGGAGUGCGUGGAGGAGAUCUGCAGCUAUGAGGAGGUCAAGGAGGUCUUUGAGAACAAGGAGAAGACGAUGGAGUUUUGGAAAGGUUACGCCUACUCCGUCAAGGACCCUUCAGACGGCACCGGCCGCUCAGACGCCAUGUACGUGGUAGUGCCCCUGCUGGGCGUAGCUCUACUGAUCAUCAUUGCCCUCUUCAUCAUUUGGCGGUGCCAGCUGCAGAAGGCCACCCGCCACCGCCCCUCUUAUGCCCAGAAUCGCUACCUGGCCAGCCGAGCAGGACGCAGCCUGCCCAGAGUGAUGGUGUACCGCGAGGCGUCACACAGCCAAGGUGAAGCCCACUGCCAGCGGGACUCCGGCAGCAGAGGGGGGGGUGACGGCCGAUGGGGCCAGGGCUCCGCCGGCCAGGCAGAACGGACCCUCCAUCCCCCUGAUCACUCAGCUUCGGCCCUGGCCAGACUGUCCAGUGCCACCCCGCCCCCUUCCUACGAGGAGGUGACUGGGCAGCCCGACAGCAGCAGCAGUGAAGAGGCCGGCAUGUCCUACAGUGACCCGCCGCCCAAGUAUGAGGAGAUAGUGGCUGCCGUUCCUGUCCCUGGGAAAUAGUCCUCCGGGUGCUGCUUUCCCGCUUUCCUCUCGGCCAGACGGGGCCAUCACGGAGAAGCCUUAUUUUCCACGCUCCCGAAAGC